ACAAGAUCUUCUUAGCCUGUCCGAAUCGCCCAAAACACCAUCAUCGACUCCUCGUGUUCUACCCACUUAUCACUUCUUCUUCUUCUUCUACUCUCUCACUCUCUCUCUCCUUUUUUGGGUCUCAACGGUAUAGACAGAGACACACCCAGCAGAUUCAAAAAGCUGAUUUGUUUUUUGGCAGCACAUAUUUUUUUUUUGGUUUCUUGGGGCUUUAUCUGAUGCUUUCACAACCUCCCAGUUUCAACCCAUUCUUCUUCUUCCCCUUCUCUACAGUUCCAGAUUCUUCCAAAUGUUGAAGUACUUGAAAUGAUUUUUUGUUGUCCUACAAAGGAAGUAACUUCAUUCUGAGUAGUUAAUUACACAACAAACAUGGAUAAAGCAUCCCCUGACUGCCCGUACCCAGGAUGUUUUUUUUGUGUUAUGAAGGAAGGGAACCCAAGUAAGCGCAGAUCAAGUAUAAUGAAAUUCUUCCGAGACCUUCCUUCACAGGACGAUGACGGCCAGGUUCUCCCUAUCAGCGGCCUUUGGAACACUGCCAUGGCACAUCCCAAUGACCCCGAGUUCAUUGAGCUCGGAAUAUUCGAGUGCAUGGCAGCACUAAUUUGGAAGGGAUUAAAGAAUCGCCGCUGGCUCUCUCAUGACCAAAAUGUAUACAUUCCUUAUUAUGCAGCGCAUAUUAUUGGAUCGUACACCAUGAACAUGGAAGAAUUUGCUGAAAGUGCAGUGCAUGCUGGGGUUAUCCAACCCUUAGUUGAACUAUUAAGAGGGAGGUUAACUUGGGUUGAACAAAGGGUGGCGGUGCGAGCUCUUGGCCAUUUGGCUACAUAUGCGAGCACUUUUCCCGCUGAAGCAAGUCACGGUGAAAUCCUUGAGCUUUCCAUUCAACUAGCUAUGAGUUCACUCGAAAUUGUAUACUCUCACUUUUGUCAGAAUGUUGACAGAAGGUUAAGUUAUCAUUGUGACCUACUUACCCGUGGAAUGGGCGGUGUUGAAAUGGAGUCUAGGAAGGCAGAGGAAUGGGCUAGUCAGUUGCAGUGCUGGUCCCUUCAACUUAUUAAUUGCUUUGCUUUCAAACAUGAGUUUCUUUCUACGAUAUGCAAACCAGAAUUUUUAAUUAAACUUCCGGGCAUGUGGGGUGGACUGGUUAAUGAAACGUCACCAGCUGGUAUUGGUUUAUUACGAACAAUUUGUCAUCAUAAGCUUGGUAGGGGACCGGUUGCUAGCUGUACGGGUAUUAUUGAAGCGCUGUGUAAUAUUGCACGCUCAUCAGAUGAUUGGCAGUAUAUGGCUAUUGACUGUCUUUUGUGGUUGCUCCAAGAUCCAAGUACCUGUCAUAAGGUGGUUGAUAAGGCAGUGCCUGCACUUGUGGACCUUGCAGAGAUCUCAGUUCUGGGGGAUCAUAAAAAGCUUGGGGAUUCGAUUGUUAAUGUUCUUCAGGAAUGUAUCCAAUCACAAGGAACGGGACGUAACUCUCUGAGCAGCCGCACGAAAGAACAGAUUGAGGAAAUAUUGAAUUCUAGACAGAGAUUAAAAUGGGAAAAGAAUAUGCCGAAAGAGGAUCUCCAUAUUAAACAGGCAGCGGCACUAGUGGUAAAGCUUGAAGGAAAUUCCCUAUUCUCCUCUGGAAACAUAUCUGGAGCUGCAUUGAAGUACUCUGAAGCAUUGGCCUUGUGUCCAAUGCGAUCCAAGAAAGAGAGAGUUGUGUUGUACAGUAAUCGAGCUCAGUGUCAUCUUUUAUUGCAGCAACCCUUGGCAGCCAUAAGUGAUGCUACGCGUGCACUUUGUCUUCAUAACCCUGUCAAUCGUCAUGCCAAAAGCCUAUGGAGAAGAGCUCAGGCUUAUGACAUGCUUGGGUUAGCUAAAGAGAGCUUGUUAGAUGCGAUUCUUUUCAUAAAUGAGUGCUCUCAGUCAACUGAUCCUGACCUUUCCUUGAGACAAAAUAAGGUCCCGGACUAUGCUGAGCGUUUAGUCAAGAAGCAGAUGCGUGCUGCUUGGUUAUUUAGGGAGGCCGCUAUUAAACAUGGGGCUGUUCAUUGUGAUGGUGAUGGUGGUGACAUCUAUGGCCCAGAGACUGAUGAUUCUGAAUGGGAGACGGCAAGUGAAAGUGAUAUCGGAAAUGAUGGAAGGGAUGAAAUGGGCAACGAUGAAUGGAAGGAGGAUGAAAGGAAUGAUAAUUAUGAUAAACCUUCUAUGAGAGACAUGAAGCAUGCAUAUAAUGUGCAGCUGAUGGAGGACGUGCCAUGAAUUUUGGAUGAUCAGAUUGUCUAUGGAACAUUGAACAAUGAAUGAAGUAGCUAUGAAUUAUAUGAUAUUCAGUGCAUUUUGGCGUCUUCGAAUUCCCAGCAGCCGAUGCUGUCUAGUUCAGUCCCAUUGGAAGCAGAUUGGGUGGGACAAUUCUUGGUUGUGUUUAAAACUUGUGUUGUAUAUUUUGGUAUUUUGUUCUUUUAUUUUUCAUGUUAAAUUUGCAGCCAAAUAAUAGUAGGAAAAAAAUGAAAAAGAAAAGGAAAGAUACAGUUUAGAGGAUGUGAAGUAUUUCCUUCUAAAAAAUAUUUUUGAUUUUUUUGUUUUUUGUUUUUUGUUUGAGUGAUUCGAAGGGCUUGUGUACAUAAACCCUUUAGGGGAUUUUGAUCAAACUACCUGCUACCCAUGUAUGAAUGAAUGGUAAGUAAUGAUUUUGUUUUAUUGUUUA